AUGGAAUCAAACCAAUCAUACGAACGCGGCCGCUUCUACGCUUCUCCAAGCGGUUUCCCUCGCUUCGCGGGGUCCGCGUCUGGCGUUUACCUCGCCGACACGGUACGGGCGCAGGCCGACGCCGCAGCACCGGGCAUCGAGCAGGCGUUUACGAGUCGCGCCGCCGAUGAGCCAGAUGAGAGUGUGGUGUACGAGCACUUCAGUCUCCGUGCCUCUGACCUCCUGGCUGCCGGUCUCCGCGCUGCCUUAGAAUCCUACUUCGAGACAUGGCACCCUCUCUUCCCCUUCCUCGACGGCGCGUACGUCCUCUCCGCCUACGAGGCCGCCCUCACCGCUGCCACGACCAGGCCUGACGGCCCGGCUUUCCUCCUCUCCCCCGCUGAGAGUUUGGCACUCACGGCGAUCUUCAAAGCCAUUGUCGCGAUCGGCGAUGAUGGGACCGCCGCGCGCGCCGGUUUCCCUCGCUUAGCAUCCACGAGCCAAGCAACAAUGCUGGGCCACCUGGUCCUCAGUGCGUGCCAGGGUGGUAGCAUCAAUGACUUGUUCGCGAUCCAAGCCCUCGUGGCCCUUAUGCUCUUCAUGUAUCUCUCCCGCCGCCUCCGCCCUGCCAUGCACCUCAGCGGCACCGUGACCAAACUUGCCUUUGAGGCCGGCCUCCACCGCUGCCCAGACCGGUAUCCGGGUACCUUUACGUCCACCGCUGAGCGUGAGAUGCGCAAGCGCGUCUUCUGGUCGCUGUACACCCUUGACCGGCUGCUCACCGCCGAGUUUGGGGUUCCGAUCAUGCUGCACGACACGGACGUCGACACGUGUGUUCCUGGUGGUAGCGAGCAGCAUCCCCUCUGUCCCCCCAGCCCCGAAGGCCAUCCAGCACGUCAUGAUCAAGCCAGCCCCGAGGACCGGCGAAAACGGCGGCGCGUGAGCGAGUCACCGCAUGAACCCCUAUCGACUUCACCACAGGUUCAGGGACAGAGUGUCGAGAGCCACCAGCCCGCUGAGCCACAGCGGCAGCGUCUACUUCCGGCGUUCUCGCUCGUCGGCAUCUCACGUCUGAUGGGCCAGGCGAUGGAGGCAUUCAACAAGAGCCUGCGGUAUCGCUCGAUCCAGGCCCAGGAGACACUGCAGCUGCGCACUGAGCUCGAGCGCUGGUGGAACGACAUUGGCUUUGACGCCGACGGCGAGGCUACACCGGACGCAGACGACGUUCGCUCGCCCUACAAAACCCUCUUCACCUGCCUGUACCGACAGCAGGUGAUCGCACUCUCUCGCCCCGCACUCAGUCUCGCCCCAACCGCAUUGCAGCACACGUACGCACUAGAGACAUGUGUGGCCAGCGCCCGAGUGAUUCUGCGCACACUGGCGCACGAGCUCGACGGUCGCCAACGCAGGGCGGUCGAAUGCUGUGGCUUGCCUGGGAAGGGCGAGAGCGUGAUGUGGCCGGGAUAUGUCGAUAUGGUAUUCUUCGCUGCGCUCAUUCUCGUGUACGCCGCUAAGCGCGAGGAGCCGGGCCCUGCUGCGACAAAUCGUCUUAAGGCGGACUUGCGGCGUGCGAUUCGCAUCCUCGAGAUGCUUGCGAAGCGGUGGAGCAUCACGCCGUUCGUGGCGGCGGUGCGCGCGUUCCUGGACCCGCCGAAGGACGUCUCGGUCCCUGGGGGGGGAGAGCUCUUUGACACGUUCCUGUUCGACUUUGACGCAUUCGAACUCAACUGGGCUGUUCACCAGAGCCUUCCGUCGAGCCCAAAGUAG